GAGUACAUCUAUUUGAACCCGUUCUGUCAGGUAGGGCUGGUAGCCGGUAAUCCGGUUAAUGGUUUAACCGAUAACCGUACCGAUUAAUUGUUAACCGAUGGUAUCGGUGUAAGGUAGAUGAAACCCAACUGUCGGUAUACCGAUCUAUACCCGAUAAGUAAUCGCAGGUUACUCGGUAUAACCGAGUAUAUCGAUAUAGGCAAAAACCCUCCCCUGUCGAUCAGUUCACUCAUCUUCCUCUACCCUGUUUGCUCCUCUCUCCAUCUCCCUCAAAAAAAAUUCUCUCUUUCCUCCACAAACAGAACCUUCACCAUGAGAGAUUCUAUGAAAUCCCCUCAUCUCUUUCUCGAUUUGUUCAUCUGGACCAUGCCGUCGCCGGAGAGAGGGCAGGAGCGAUGGAUUUGCUGCUCGCCCAGCCACCGCCUUUAUGGACUCCUCUUUCGCCGCCGCCGUUGUGAAGACCUUGUUGUCGAUUCGGUGACUCAUUCUCCCUCUCGAACCCAGAACACGAUCCGGCGACUCCCUCUCCCUCUUGAUUCCAGAUCCGGCACCAUGAAAAUCCCUCGCGCGGUGGCUCUAUCUUCCUCUCGAGGUCAGAUUUGGUGUGUUUCUGUCUCCCUCUCGCGGCAGUUCUCACUCCGUCUCGAUUCCAAAUCCGGAGUCAUCACUGUCUCCCCCAACUCUCUUCAGCCAGCCAACAACCCUAAGGAAGAGGCGCCGCAGAUUGAGACCACCACCAGUCCAUUACAAGCCGCCAUAAAGGGUUGCCAUCACCACUGUCGGGCGUCGGUAGAUACUCAAAGACCGAUCUCUAGUUUUGGGAGAGCAACGAGGGACAAGGUUGCUGGCGGAGGUCGAUCUCUGCUCUUCCUCCCUCACUGUCAAUCAAUCCCAUCGCCAGCGCUCCUUCGCUCGCUAGUGAGGUAAAGCUCACUGUCGGCGUUCCCCGUCUUAGCCAGCCCCCUUCUGGCGGCAAGGGCGAUUCUGGCGGGGACAUCUCCGAUAUCCGAUUGACAGUCGUCGGAGAGGUUUCGAGAGGAGAACGAUGGCAAGCCUGAAAAAUACACAAAUUUCGAUUUCAUAAUCCUUCUCCUCCAUUCUAAUUCAACCUUACCAUAUAUCAAUCAAAGCAUUGGUACGAGAAAUUUGGGAAUUACAUGUAGAAAUAGACAUGCAACGGAUGACGAACAGGUGGAGCUACGAACGCGAGCAGAAAGGAGAGUUUGGAAUAAGAAGGUUUCACUGGCGGAAAUGCCAGAGAGGCAGAGGACGGGAGGAAGACCUUCGGAAGAGUGACCCAUCGCAAGACUCUCUCGUGUGUGGUUAUUUUCGGUAUACCGGCUUGGUAACCGGUAACCGACCAGCAUUAGCGUGGGGACGAGGUAUGAUAUCUAUUUCUGACUAGUCAUGCUUCGUUUCUUUCUUAGCUCAUUAUAUCUUAAUUUCUAACAAUAUUUAUUUAAAUUUCUCCUAUAUUUUUCUUCAAUUAGUUAAACUUGAUUUUUCAACUAAUUAGACUCAGUUACCCAUUAUAUUACUAUCUUCAUUCAUAAAGUAUGUUCGCUUCGUUUUAUUGUAAAAAGUACAAUUUUUAACGUGUAUUUUUUCAAAUAGCAUGUAAGAGUGGGUCGACCCGCCCUACCCCGUACCUGCAUUGGUAUUACAUACACGACCCAUGCUUGGUGCGGAGCGGAUAUAGGUAUUGAGAUACCCGCCCAAUUGAUGACACACAGAUUUUAGUGUUUAUCACUCCCAUAUUUGAUAUAUUUCCUCUUCUAUCAAUGCAUCUUUAGUAGUUUUGAUUAUAUUUCAUAUGGAAACUAUUUAAUUAAUAUGUUUAUAAUAGAUCUUGAGUAUGUUUUUGUACUAUGUGAUGCCUUGUUUGUUUUAUUUUCAAGGAUAUAAAUCACCCGAGAUGAAUAUGGAUCGUCAAGAGACCUAAUGGAUCAGAAGGAGAACUAGAAUACAAGCUCAUUGCCCCAAACAUAGAUGGAUUCUAACACAAGAAGCUCAACUUAUGGACCAGAUGAUAGUAUUUUGAAGAGCAUACGGGUACUACGAAGUCCGAUUGAGAUGAAAUUUCGGAAACAUGUCCAUGAGCGCAAGAUAAAGUUGCCCAAAGAAUGUGUCGAUUUUGAGAAGAAUUGAGAGCAGCAAGUCCAACUGCCGCUUGGCCCAAGUCCUUUAGGAAACUUCAUCAAUAAGUAGCUUUGUCCCCAAGUUGAAGGAAACCGACUUCAAGUCGGAUAAGGAAGGUUUUGGAUGACUUCUAGGAGGAAAAAGACUAGCCCCUCCCCCCCUGUAACUAGUAUAAAUAGGAGGCUAGACUAGAGGUUAUGUGCACACUUUACAACCACUCUACCCUAGGGCAUGAGUUACAAAGCCAAGGAGAGGAGGAGGAGCUCGAUGAGGAUGGCUUCAUCAUCUACGGUGAUGUCUUCUAAUCCUUCUUUGUUUAGCUAGCUCGAUCUGUUGAGGGAUGCAAUUCGAUGAUGCUUUGUGUAUUAUCUCUAUGAUUUAAUGAGAUGCUUAUUGUAUAAGUAUUCUUAUCAUUGAUGCUUGAUGUCAAUCUAUGCUUAUUUCAGCUAUUGCUUGAGUUAUUCGGUGCUAUGAUUAUUAUAUGCUUUGGUUGAUCGAUGCUUAUGAUUCUAUUAUGAAUGCUACUAUAGUAUCUCAUUUACUACUCUUAUGGGCAACAAGGAAACUAAUCUCGUGUAGUAGGCAUCUUCUUAUGUGUGUAUAGGAGGACUACCUACCCUUCUAUGCAUGACUAAGAAUGAUGCUUGAUUCUUAGAUCAUUGAUGAUAUAGACCAUCCUUAUGGUUCAUAAAAGACCACAAUUAAAUGUUUGCUAUCGUAACUUCGUUGUUCUUCAUUGAUUAGAUUAUGGCAUGAAGCGACAACAUACUUUAGCUAGGCAAAUCUCUAUCGCAAGCCUUAGUGGAAGGGAUAGGGCAUCUUUAAGAACAAACAUUGAAGCAUCUUGUUGAUGAGAAUGAGUGAAUGAUCACCUAGAGUUACUUCCUAAACAUUAUAUUUUGUUACUUCCAUUAAUUGUUUGUUUUCUUGUUUACUUGCCUUAUAUGUUCCUUUGUUUGCAUAGUAGAGCAGUUGCACGAAUAGGGCACCUAAACCCGCAUCAUAUUUACUUUUCCUUGCAUCUAAAUUUGAGCUCAAUAGGUUAGGUUAGAUCAGUUACAAUCAAAAGAUCUCAUGAAA